GGGAAGGUGGCAAUAGUGGCGCAGCCCAGACGUGUUUUCGUGGGCCACCCCAAACCGUUUGCUUGUUUCGAUGAUUUGCAGAAGAUUGCCGGCGAUAGCAAGCAGAUAUCGCGCCAGAAGUGAUAACAAAUUCGAAUGCAACGGUGUUCGGUCAAUGUUUUCGUCCGCAGCUGUCAGUGGUGAACGCAAACAAACGGCGAUGAGUGAAUUCAACACAAUUGCACGGCCUUCGGAACAUGGCAAACUGCUGGAUGAUAGGACCUACUUUCCGGAGCCUCCGGCUCGCGGUCCCCUCACCGCCUACCGCAAGCAAGCGACAAUCGACUGGCGGAAGGUGAAACUGACGUUCAACGAUGAAGCGUCCCUGGUCCUGCAGCACCGGGUUUGGAGUUUUGCCGGCAAACACCCACUCUUUGCUCACCCGAACCGCGUGCUGACGAUGGACGAAGAGCGCCACCUGGCCACGAAACGCAUGUACGUGGUGCAGAACGAGAAAAUGUUCACCAUCGUCGACUAUCUGGCGCGCCCGGAUCUGGCCUCGCACUACCACCAAUCGUGGAUCGCCUACGAACCGAGCAUGGCCGUCAAGUAUUCGCUCGGUUUCGGUAUGUUCCCGUCGGUGGUGCGCACCCUGGACGUGGGUCGAUUGGACGAGAUUGUGGAGCGGAACAUGGCGGGCGAAUACUUGGGUGCGUUCGGCCUAACGGAGAUCGCUCACGGAACGAACGCGAAGGGCAUGCGGACGACGGCCACGUACGAUCCGGCCAGUGGCGAGUAUGUGCUCGACACACCCGACUUCGAGGCGGCCAAAUGUUGGAUCGGCAAUCUGGGCAAAACCUGUACGCAUCUAAUUGUGUACGCGCAGCUCUACACGGCCGACGGUGCUCACCACGGGUUGAAUGCGUUCGUGGUGCCCGUACGCGAUCCGGCCACCCUGCAAGCGUACCCGGGCGUAACGGUGGGCGAUCUGGGAGCGAAAGCGGGCCUGCAGGGGGUCGACAAUGGGUUUGUUAUGUUCCGCCGGUACCGCAUACCGCGCGACAAUCUGCUGGCCCGCACGGGCGACGUGAACGAGGAGGGACAGUUCGUGACACCGUUCAAAGAUCCCAGCAAACGGUUCGGGGCCUCCCUUGGGGCCCUGUCCGGCGGGCGUGUCGGUAUCUGCGGCAUUGCGAACGUGUAUCUAACGAAAGCGAUCAGCAUUGCGCUACGGUACUCGGCCAGCCGCAAACAGUUCGGACCGGACGACAGCGAGGACGAGUGGCCCGUGCUCGAGUAUCAGUCGCAGCAGUUCCGACUGUUCCCGCAUCUUGCCGCAAACUUUGUGAUACGCGCGUUCAACCUGUGGUUUGCCAAGGCGUACGGUGAUAUGCAGCUCCAGAUGCUGGGUGGCGAAAAUGUGGCCACGAUCGGAAUGGAAGUGCACGCGCUAUCCUCGGCAGCCAAACCCGUCUGCACGUGGGCGGCCCGUGAUGGAGUGCAGGAGUGCCGUGAGGCGUGCGGGGGCCACGGCUACCUCAAACUGUCUACAAUCGGCGAUCUGCGCGGCAACAACGAUCCGAACUGUACGUACGAGGGCGAAAACAACGUGCUGAUCCAGCAGGCCUCCAACUGGUUGCUGAGUGUCCGCGCGAAGGGCUACGACCAGUUUGCCGAGGUGUCCCCGCUCGGUUCGGCACAAUUUCUGGCGCAUUAUGCUACCAUUCGGCCACGAAGAGCAAAAUGGACUUCGGCACGUGAUGCUGGUUCGAUUAGCAAUCAAAUCGAAGCACUGGACUGGCUGGUGGGCUAUCUGCUGGAAGAGACGUACCAGAAGUUGUCGCAGCUGAAGAAGGCAGGAAAGUCUACGUUUGAGGCGCGCAAUGAUACGCAAUCCUUCUUUGCCCGGACCCUUUCGAUCGCCUAUGGGGAGAGAAUGCUCCUGUACGUGUACAGCAAAUUCUUGGCCAAUCUGGAGCCCGGUAGCGAACGGCAAGCCCUGGAGCGGCUCGGCGCACUGUACGGAGCCGGCGUAAUUCUUAAGCACAUCGGACUGCUCUAUCAGGGUGGCUACUUUGCAGCCCAACCCGCUGCCAUGUCCCUCGUGCAGCAGGCCGUUCUUGAUCUGCUACCCGCGAUCAAGCGGGACGCGAUCGCGCUGGUCGACGCGAUCGCUCCGACCGACUUCAUACUCAACUCCCCGCUCGGCAUGAGCGAUGGGGACGUUUACCGGCACAUGGAAUCGGCAAUCAUGCAAGCGCCGGAAGCCCUCGAACGACCCAAAUGGUGGCGUGAUGUGGUCCACCGCGAUUACGUGCAAUCAAAGCUGUAGACAGCCGGACAACAGUGUCAAUGAUUCCUUUGCGGCGAUCGCUCCUUUGGUUACCGUUUACCACAUACCAUGGUGUAGUGAAUUUAUGUUUUUAUUUUGUUAUACAACUUUUUUGAGUAACUCUAGCUUUGAUAAUAAACGGUGCGACUCAUCCACAGCCCGGGGCUGUGGGUGUUGUGGG